CCAUCACGACAUCCAAUUAAGGACAUAGGGUUGUGCAUGUUCGUCCAACGAGCCAGCCUCGCGGGACGGCGCUUUAUGUCAGCCAUGGCCCAAUCCAUGACUCCAAUGGAAGAUGCUCUGCGGACAAAGAUCACAGAGGCGCUGAAGCCUACAAGUUUGGAAAUCUUCAACGACUCUCACAAGCACGCCCAUCACAAGGCCAUGCAAGGAGUGACUAGCAGAGAAACACACUUCCGCGUAUACAUCACAUCACCAGCCUUCCAGGGCAAGAUGCAGGUUGCAAGACAUCGCAUGGUCAAUGCUCUAAUGAAAGACGAAAUGGCAAAAGAAGGCGGCAUCCACGCCCUACAACUUACCACUCGAACGCCAGAAGAAGAUGAAGCCAGGAAGCAAAAGGAAGCCGCACAGUCUUAGGCACCUUUGUUUGUAUUUUCUUUUCUCUGUAUACUCCAGAUACCCAAAUGAGUGUGAGCUCAAGGCAAAAAAGAAUCAAACAUAAACACCCGGCAGAUCUGCACUGUAACGAACGACACAGCCAUCCUCGCUGCAACCUGUCACUUACGAUCCUUUUUCUUCAACG